AUCUAUGGCUUCAUGCGCAAGGUAAACCUGCGAAAUGUAGAUCCUGCGAUCGACGACCCGGACGCGAGCACCUGGUCGCACCCCACGCUCAACAGACACUCACCGCCCGAGGUCGUCGCCAACUUCAAGCGCCGCGUGCCUCCGCGUCUCCCCAAGCCGCGCAAGAGGGACAAUGAGGUCCCCUCAAUUCCCCCUCCGCGUUCUGCAAUCGGUAUGGCUCCAGUCCCGCUCUCGAAUCCUGGCCCACCCUUAUCCCCCAAAGCUCAACAAGGUACCACCCGCGCACGCGGCUUCUCCGCCCCCGGCUCCUUCACACCGCUCAAUCAGCCCGGCGCAGCCGGUUGGGGCACAAGCUACCCUCGAGGCACGCUCCCGCCGCUCACCGUGCCCUCGGACCCUCCG